AUGGAGAAGAAGGAGAUGGUUGUGAAAACUGAGGAUGCGGUUGGGUCCUCUUCCUUCCCUUGUUAUAAUUCAAACGUUUAUCCAUUCUCAAACGCUUUUGAUUUCUCUGAGGUGGAAAAGAGCUCUUUAGGGUUUAUGGAGCUACUGGGUGUGCAGGACUAUAGUCCUCUGCUUGAGUUACCCCAACUUUCAACCGUUUCUGUGCCUCACCACCCUACAGUUAAGGUUCCAUCUGAUAACGGGAAAGAGUGUUCCGAGGUGUUGAACCACCAACCAGCCACUCCAAACUCUUCUUCUAUUUCAUCAGCAUCCAGUGAUGCUGUCAAUGAUGAACAGAAUAAGGCUCUAGACCAAGCAGAAGAAGAUGAUGAUGACGAAGAAGAAGAAGGACAGCAAAAGAAUAAGAAACAGUUGAAGCCCAAGAAGACAAAUCAGAAGAGACAGAGAGAACCAAGAUUCGCGUUCAUGACGAAAAGCGAGGUCGAUCAUCUGGAAGAUGGGUACAGAUGGAGAAAGUACGGUCAAAAGGCCGUGAAAAACAGCCCCUUUCCCAGGAGCUACUAUCGUUGCACCAGUGUUUCAUGUAAUGUGAAGAAACGCGUGGAGCGAUCUUUCACUGAUCCAAGCGUUGUAGUCACAACCUAUGAAGGCCAACACACACAUCCAAGCCCAGUUUUGCCUCGCUCAGGUGUCUCCGCUGGAUACGCCACCAACUUUGCUUCAGUUUUUCCACCAGCAGGAAGCUACUUAUCCCACCAGUAUCAGCAGCAGCAGCACCAUCACCACCACCAACAACUUAUUUUCAACACAUUGUCCUCUUUGGGUUUCCCUUACAAUGAUUCUUCCUCUCCAAAGAACGCUGGUUUUACUCAAGAGAGACGGCUUUGUAAUCCGGGAACGAAUGCAUUUCUAAGUGACCAUGGACUUCUUCAAGAUGUUGUUCCUUCACACAUGUUGAAAGAAGAGUAG